AUGGGUAUCUUGAGGGCAGCUCUGAUUGGAACCGCCGCCAACCAUAUUGGCAAAAAAGGUUCCAGUAGUGGAGAAAAGAAAGAACGCAAGAACGAGUCGACUCCGCCGCCACAGCCUUAUUACCACCCUGGCUAUCAACCACAGAAUCAGUAUGGCCAGCUUCCGUAUGGCCAGAACCCCUACAGUGCUCCGCAGUAUUCGCAAGGCUACGGGGGCAAUUACCAGGGCUACCCGCCUCAACAGUAUAGCCGCGGUGUCGACGACCCCUCGAGGAAUGGAGGCUCAAGGUCGAUGCAAACCUCUCCUCCUCCCUAUCAGCAAAACCCUGCCUAUGAAAGUAGGAACGAAAAAUCCCCUGCGCAUACUCAGAACCAGGGAAACUAUCCUCAAGAGCGACGACACUAA